AAGGAUGUCAAUUCAAAGUUCUGGGAGACUUACAAAGAAGUUUCGAAUGCAUACGACGACGACUUCCUCGGACGGGCGCAUGGCGAUAUAGGCAUUAUCCUCACUUUUGCGGGUCUACUCUCAGCCGUUGUCUCUACAUUCAUCGGCGGAAUGCAGCCUAAAUCGGGAAACACUACAAAUGAGCUCCUGCUGCAUUUGAUCCAGAUCACUGCUGCCGGCCCAAAUACCGUAUAUGACAUCAGCAAUUUAUCCUCGUCCAUGCGCCCUCCCCCCCCAGCCGCCUGGGCACAAACCCCCGCCUACAUUAGCCUAGCGCUCAGCAUCUUGGCUGCGUUCGGGGCAGUCGUGGGAAAGCAA